AUGCCGUACACGAGUCUCUGGAUCACUGCAUCAGCGGUUCUCUGCUUAAUCAUCGCAUUUAGCACACCGGUAUCGACGCUGGGUGCCCAGUCUAACAGCUUAGUUGCUACUCUGAACCACCCAGAUGUGUUCCAGUCACAGCUCCAACCAUGUCCAGAGGCGUGCGCCAGCCACAGGUCUCAGGACUGGACUGUCUACCCUUCCUUUGACCGGCUCUCCUUCUGUCACAAGCCAAUUCUUUUUAAUUUCGCUAUUCACACUUCUGUCAAUGACUCUUCCAAGACUCUGAAGUUCCGCGCUUGCACCGCAGGAGACGGCUGGAAUAAGAAGACCAGCAAUGCUCUGGCGAUUGGCGACUCGGUCUAUAACAGCACCAACGACCAUGGGCUCAACGCGCUCACGCAGGUGCAGGCAUACCUCCACGCAGGGGCGGACUGCACUAAAAAUAUUAUGCUAGGCUAUUACAAUAGUACGGUGGUCGGUGUAUAUGUCGGCGAGGCAUUGUGUAAAGCCACAGCUUCUUCGGCCAUUGACCGGCUCCUCUCCCAGGUUAAGAGAGCUGUUCCUGCUACCAUGCUCAUGCAGCUCUGCAGUGACCAGUGUGACGCAGACCAUGUAUUUGGUAUUGCCGUGUCGCCCAUCGCGGACCUGGUCGCUGUGCAGGCCGCUCUUGUGUCAUGGAGUAAAGGGAAAUGUGAGAGCAGACUCGGCGACGCGACCUCGCUCCCGGAUGUUAGCAUCUGGGAGGUGCCGCAACGUUCAGUAGGCAGGAACACCACAAUUUCUAAUUCCACGGCUCAGGAGCUUGAUACGCCUCCGGGCAAGCGUCUACUGGCUCGCGCCGCCAAAUACUGCACUAAGAGGAAGGUUGUUUCGGGUGACACCUGCCAGUCCCUGGCCAAGAUAUGCGGCAUUACCCUCGACCAGUUCUACAAGUACAACUCCAAGGACAUGUGCUCUCGCCUGCAGAUUGGCUCAAGUGUCUGCUGCACAGACGGGUUCCUAAAGCCGCAACCUUAUAAUAAUGGCACCUGCUAUAUAUACACGACGCGUUCAGGCGAUACAUGCUACGACAUCGGUCUUGCCCAGAGCCUAACAGUCGAUAAUUUAAAUAAAUUCAACAAUGGCACCACAUGGGGCUGGAACGGCUGUGACAACCUUGGGGCCGGUCAGAACAUAUGUCUUAGCCUUGGCAACCCCCCUAUGCCUGCUGUUCUCCCCAGCAGUGUCUGUGGGCCCCAAGUUCCAGGCACAGAAGUUGACGAGCCCAUUACCGACGCCUCAAAACUUGCCAUGCUGAACCCGUGCCCAUUGAACUCUUGCUGCAACAUAUGGGGCCAGUGUGGUAUUGACUCCAGCUUCUGCACCAAGUCCAAAGGCCCCACGGGGAACCCAGGCACGUCGAAGCCUGGAGUCUUCGGGUGCACCUCUAACUGUGGUACUGACAUUGUGAACAACGACAAAGGCCCUUCGGAUGGCUACCAGCGCGUCGGUUACUACGAGACGUAUAGUUGGGACCGCAAAUGUCUGCGAUUGUAA